UUAACAAUGCAUCGAAAAAACAUUUCGCGAUCUAAAAAGAAAGAACAACUACCACAAUGUUCAAUAAUUUCUCGAAGACAUUUGCCAUGGUUUUCAUGGUUGCUUUUGCUGGCGCAUUCUCACAGGACUUUGAUAAUUUCAUUCCAAAAGUGCGCCGUGAAAAUGUUGCCAGAUUGAUUUUAAAUUCGAAAAGUAGUCCGGAAGUUAUUUCAUUAUGUUUCGACAGUUAUAAUUAUUAUUGGAAUGCAUCGAACACCGUGUAUCGCAGCCAAUACGAUUCAUGUCGUACAACAGCAGCCAAAGGAAAUUCGGCUAUCAAUGAGGAAGUUGCAUCAAACAUAACAUAUGUGAUCACGCUACAAGAAGAAUCAGCCAAAGAGUAUGAGGAAUGUAAUGAAGAAAAAGGAGACGCUCUUGCAUAUUUUCAAUGUACAACCAAAGCGGCUACCAAUGCUGCCAAAACCUCUCGUGACAUCCAAAACAUAUCCAACGAUAGAAUCCAAUAUGUUACGAUGCGUCGCGAUAUGGUGAAAUACGAUUGCGACGACUGUACCGGUAAAUGUAAUGCUGCUCAUAAUGCUGAGCUAGCCAAGGUAGAAGAGGGCUUGUUGGAUUGCUUGUCUGGCAAAAUUCCCCCACCUACUCCCCCCACGCCUACCACGUCAUCGACAACAACCUCUCCAACUCCCAGUUCAACCACAACCACUCCACAACCAUCUGUAGAAACAACAACUUCGGAUGAGUGAUUUCAAAGCUGUCGUUAUUUGUUCGGACCCUUGUAUGACACUGACAACUGCAACAUGAUUGAUGAAUUUUAUGUAUGUAAACAGGCUUUCAUCAUGGUACAAUAAUAAGAGUAUUGCAUUUAUCAUAGAGGUUUAUUAGAUUAGUUGUCGAAAUAGUUAUUGUGAUUGAAACCACGCUGAAUUAGAUAAACAAUUAGUGAGCAAAACAUUAACGGAUUUUGACAUUUUGUCUGAUUUUAAAAAUCUAAUGGGACACCUUAUUACUGUACCAUGAUUGCAAUAUUAUAAUUUUAUUCUAUCCCGAUUAUAUGUUCUAUAUUCAAAAUAUUUUAUCUGCAAAAUAUAUAUAUCAUACAAUAGCUGA